AGAGAGAGAGAUUUUCUAUGUUUUGCCAGUUUUGAAGCUGCUGUCUUUUCUUGGUGAAAAAGAGUACAGAGAAAGAAGAUGAGUGGGCAGUAGGUUAAGUGUGAAACCUAUUUCCAUCCCAUCUGACCUUGGCCUUCCCGUGAAAAAACUCAUGGCCCGAAAUGUAUUUUAAAAGUCAUUUACAGUGCACUCCCUCUUAGGACGUAUCCUACAAUUCCACCACUUAAGAAACUAAAACCCACUUGCCCUGGUCUCCCUCAAGUCCCAAGGGGACCUCUACCCCAUAACCGCUAAAGUGUGGUUUACCACCAAAAUCAACCUCCCACUGUAACUGCUUAUUCGUGUUGUGGCAGUUUUCGCUGUUUUCCGCUACCCAUUGUAUUAUAUCAAAUGUUCUGUAACGCGUUCCUGACCUCCUUGUUAUUGCUUGAUCUCGUUCGGUUUGGGGUUUUCUUGAAGGGAAAGCACCCAUUUGCGUUAUUUUGCUGUUAUUACCAGAUUUUUAUUCAGCAAGAUCUGGGGUGUGUAAAGAUCAGUGACAGAAAUGAUGCAGAGAACUUUCUCCCCUUUUUGCAGUUGGUAUUAUUCAGUUGAUUGCGGGAUGAGUGAAGAAAUUCAUGAUCGCCGGAUGUGUUCUGAUAUGAAGAUUUUCAUCGAUGUGGUCUGAUUUUGAUUGUGUGGAUGGAUAUAUUUGAAUCAGAUUCAAUAAGGAAUCAUUCAACAGGGGAAACCCCGAGGCUUCCACUGGGUCUGGCUGAGAGAAGCAAUGUACUCGCCACUCGUCGCUCUCGGAUGAGGGAAGUUAGUUCUAGAUACAAGUCACCUAUUCCCUCAGCCCCUUCCUCACCUCGGCGCUGCCAGUCGCCGAACGCCUCCAGAACUUUGUCUGCUUCCUCCCAAUUGGAGCAGAAAAGAGCCCUGUCGGCUGAGAGGAAACGACCUUCCACGCCUCCUUCCCCGACGAGUCCAUCAACUUCGGACCAUGACUUAUCUUCUGAUUUGAGAUUGUCUUCAAGGAGAACAGCAGGCGGUCGAUCGGCGGAAAGUUUAUGGCCUUCGACCAUGCGGAGUUUGAGUGUCUCUUUCCAGUCUGACAUAAUUUCUAUUCCUGUUAGUAAGAAGGAAAAACCAGUCCCUGCAUCUCCUUCUGAUCGGACGUUGAGGCCGUCGUCAAAUUUCGCUCACAAACUGGUUGAAACGCCUAUGGUUUCAAGGAAACCUACACCAGAGCGAAAGAGGAGUCCUCUUAAAGGAAAGAAUGUGCCUGACCAGCUGGAGAAUUCUAAGCCAAUUGAUGGCUUGCAUACCCGGCUUAUAGAUCAGAGGCGGGCGAGUAGAAUUGGUAGGAAGAUAUCAUUAAAUGCAUUGAGUCGAAGUGGGGAUCUUACUGAUAAAAUAAUUCGGAGCUCUCCUGGACCACUUCCCGGAAUUGGGUUACCUUCAUUGAGAAGAACUUCAUCUGAUUCUAUAAACAAACUCUUGCCAAGAUCCAAUAAUGAUUCUUCCAAGAUUCUUCCUCUUGAUGAUGGUCUUAGAAUGGAAGAUGGAACAAAUUCCGUUGACGAUUGUUCACUGCAGGCACCAGGAAUUGGUAGGAAGAUAUCAUUAAAUGCAUUAAGUCGAAAUGGGGAUCAUACUGAUAAAAUAAUUCGGAGCUCUCCUAGACCACUUUCAGGAAUUGGGUUACCUUCAUUGAGAAGAACUUCAUCUGAUUCUAUAAACAAAUUCUUGCCGAGAUCUAAUAAUGAUUCUUUCGGGAUUCUUCCACUUGAUGAUGGUCUUAGAAUGGAAGAGGGAACAAAUUCAAUUGACAAUUGUUCAUUGCAGACAUCAGGAAUUGGUAGGAAGAUAUCAUUAAAUGCAUUAAGUCGAAGUGUGGAUCAUACUGAUAAAAUAAUUCGGAGCUCUCCUGGACCACUUCCAUUGAGAAGAACUUCAUCUGAUUCUAUAAACAAACUCUUGCCGAAAUCUAAUAAUGAUUCUUCCAGGAUUCUUCCACUUGAUGAUGGUAUUAGAAUGGAAGAUGGAACAAAUUCAGUCGGCGAUGGUUCAUUGCAGACAUCAAGAAUUGGUAAGAAGAUAUCAUUAAAUGCAUUAAGUCGAAGUGUGGAUCAUACCGAUAAAAUAAUUCGACACUCUCUUGGACCACUUCCAGGAAUUGGGUCACCUUCAUUGAGAAGAACUUCAUCUGAUUCUAUAAACAAACUCUUGCCGAGAUCUAAUAAUGAUUCUUCCAAGAUUCUUCCACUUGAUGAUGGUCUUAGAAUGGAAGAUGGAACCAAUUCAGUUGACGAUGGUUCAUUUCAUGCAUCAGGAAUUGGUAAGAAGAUAUCAUUAAAUACAUUAAGUCGAAGUGUGGAUCAUAGUGAUAAAAUAAUUCGGAGCUCCCCUGGACCACUUCUAGGAAUUGGGUUACCUUCAUUGAGAAGAACUUCAUCUGAUUCUAUAAACAAACUCUUGCCGAGAUCUAAUAAUGAUUCUUCCAAGAUUCUUCUACUUGAUGAUGGUCUUAAAAUGGAAGAUGGAACAAAUUCAGUUGAUGGUCUUAGAAUGGAAGAUGGAACAAAUUCAGUUGAUGGUCUUAGAAUGGAAGAUGGAACAAAUUCAGUUGACGAUGGUUCAUUGCAAGCAUCAGGAAUUGGUAGGAAGAUAUCAUUAAAUGCAUUUAGUCGAAGUGUGGAUCAUACUGAUAAAAUAAUUCGGAGCUCUCCUGGACCACUUCCAUUGAGAAGAACUUCAUCUGAUUCUAUCAACAAACUCUUGCCAAGAUCUAAUAAUGAUUCUUCCAGGAUUCUUCCACUUGAUGAUGGUCUUAGAAUGGAAGAUGGAACAAAUUCAGUUGACGAUUGUUCAUUGCAAGCAUCAGAAAUUGGUAGGAAGAUAUCAUUAAAUGCAUUAAAUCGAAGUGUGGAUCAUACUGAUAAAAUAAUUCAGAGCUCUCCUAGACCACUUCCAUUGAGAAGAACUUCAUCUGAUUCUAUAAACAAACUCUUGCCGAUAUCUAAUAAUGAUUCUUCCAGGAUUCUUCCACUUGAUGAUGGUCUUAGAAUGGAAGAUGGAACAAAUUCAGUUGAUGAUGGUUCAUUGCAGGCAUCCAGAAUUGGUAGGAAGAUAUCAUUAAAUGCAUUAAGUCGAAGCAUUGAUCAUACCGAUAAAAUAAUUCGGAGCCUUCCUGAACCACUUCCAAAAAUUAGGUUACCUUCAUCGAGAAGAACUUCAUCUGGUCCAAUAAACAAACUCUUGCAGAGAUCUGAUAAUGAUUCUUCCCGGAUUCUUCCACUUGAUGAUGGUCUUAGAAUGGAAGAUGGAACAAAUUCAGUUGACGAUUGUUCAUUGCAGGCAUCCAGAAUUGGUAGGAAGAUAUCAUUAAAUGCAUCAAGUCGAAGUAUGGAUCAUACCGAUAAAAUAAUUCGGAGCUCUCUUGGACCACUUCCAGGAAUUGGGUUACCUUCAUCGAGAAAAAUUUCAUCUGAUUCAAUAAACAAACUCUUGCAGAGAUCUGAUAAUGAUUCUUCCAGGAUUCUUCCACUUGAUGAUGGUCUUAGAAUGGAAGAUGAAACAAAUUCAGUUGACGAUUGUUCAUUGCAGGCAUCAGGAAUUGGUAGGAAGAUAUCAUUAAAUGCAUUAAGUCGAAGUGUAGAUCUUAUUGAUAAAAUAAUUCAGAGCCCUCCUGGACCACCUCCGGAAAUUGGGUUACCUCCAUUGAAAAGAACUUCAUCUGAUUCUAUAAACACACUCUUGCAGAGAUCUGAUAAUGAUUCUUCCAAGAUUCUUCCACUUGAUGAUGAUCUUAGAAUAGAAGAUGAAACAAAUUCAGUUGAUGAUUGUUCAUUGCAGGCAUCAGGAAUUGGUAGGAAGAUAUCAUUAAAUGCAUUAAGUCGAAGUGUGGAUCUUACUGAUAAAAUAAUUCGGAGCUCUCUGAGACCACACCCAGGAAUUGGGUUACCUUCAUUGAGAAGUUCAUCUGAUUCUCUAAAUAAACUCUUGAUCUCUGAUAAUGAUUCUUCGAGGAUUAUUCCCCUCGAUGGUCUUAGAAGGGAAGAUGAAACAAAUAUAGUUGAAGAUUGUUCACCAGGAACUCCUAGGCUUGCUUCUAACGGCUUACCAGAUAGGUUAAAAUCAACACCAGCUGUCAGAUCUCAGUCUUUGACAUUACCUGGAUUGCGUCUACCUUCGCCCAUUAGAACGUCAGUGCCAUCCUCCUCUGUUUCUAGAGGAUCAAGUCCAGCCCGGCCAAGGCCAUCAACUCCUCCUCCUAGGGGUGUCAGUCCAUCUCGAAUCAGACCAACUAAUUCCAUUCAAUCCAAUAGUUCAACUUCGGUGCUCAGUUUCAUUGCAGAUUUUAAGGGUAAAAAGGGCGCUAAUUAUAUCGAAGAUUCUCACCAGCUGCGGCUAUUAUAUAAUAGAUAUAUGCAAUGGAGAUUUUCCAAUGCACGAGCAGAAGCUAUACAUGACAUGCAUAAAGUUGAUGCAGAGAGAACGCUAUGUAAUGUCUGGAAGGCUAUGAUACGUAUUUGGGAUUCAGUUACCAGAAAUAGAAUUGAUCUCCAUAUGCUGAAGCUAGAACUUAAGCUGAAUGAAAUCAUGAACGAUCAAAUGUCCUACCUUGAUGAAUGGGAUUCACUUGAGAGAGACCAUAUCAAUUCAUUGUCAGGUGUAUUGUUAGAUCUUAAAGCAAACACUCUCCGAGUUCCAUUAACUGCAGGGGCAACGGCAGAUGUUGAAUCAUUGAAAGGUGCAAUCGGCUCUGCUCUCAACGUGAUGCGAGUAAUGGCGUCCUCCAUAUGCUCUUUGCUUUCACAGGUGGAGAGAAUGAAUGGGUUGGCUUCGGAACUUGCGGCCAUAGCUUCACAAGAGAAGGCAAUGUUAGAUGAAUGUGAAUCAUUGCUGGCUUCAACAACAGCAAUGCAGGUAGAAGAGCAUAGUCUUAGGACACAUCUCAUUCAAAUGAAGCAAUCUUUGGAAAACACAACUCUCAAUCUUCUUCCCCAUAAGUAUAACUACCACACUACCUUCAUAACCCCUCGCCAACGAAUCUAACAACAACAUAGUAACCUCCAAAAUGCCACUUGUAUUUGCUUCAUCCAUCUUAAAUGUAAAUUUGAUUAUUUAUUUAUUUAUUUAUUUAUUUAUUUAUUUAUUUAUUUAUUUAUAUAUAUAUACAUAUAUAUACAGCAGCAUAUGUAUUGGAAAGAAAAUGCAGGUCAUUCCAAUAGCAGCAGUCCCCAAUAGGAGUGUUACAAUGCAAAUGAAAGUGAAGAUGUCAAUUAGUUCAUAUGUAUGAGGUUAGGACAUUUUCUUUUUGUCUCUCACCCCCCCUCUUUUUAUUUCGUGUUAUCUAGUUUCGAGUGGAAGUCUAGUCGUGUUAGAAUACUCGAAUAAGAUUUGUGAUAGUUCAGUCGAUAAAUGAAAAUCGCGAGAUAUAAAUGUAUGGUUGAUUUUAGCUGCACAACGUGAUGUUGUUGCUUAUUUAUUUGAUCUCAAUCAAUUGGAUGAUUUGUAACAAAAACAAGUCUAACACACCAAUGAAAGGUCAUUGUUCCCA